AUGGAUGACCUCGGCGGUGGGUGGAGUCACGCCGGCACCCGCUGUGAAGCCACGUGCCCCCUCUUAAAGCUCCCAAAUGCGGCGCGGCCGAAGAAGGGAAAGGUUUCCGUGAAGAAGAACAAGGCGGCGAACGGCUCCGGCUCCUCCAAGCCGUCGAGGAAGAAGCUUGCAGGGCAUGCGACGGAUGCGGUGGCUACCGAAGCACCGGCGAGCUCACUUGUUGAGCCGGCGGCCGACGCACACAAGGUGUUCGAGGAAAUGCCCCAAAGGCCAGGCCAGCCCCAGGACUGGCCCUGCUCAAGCUCCUUCCGUGGGCAAGGCACGUGGAUGUCGACCCGAGAAGAGAUCAAGAGAUAUCUUCCAUCUGCAGUGACGCAGGCAGUAAGACCCGGAGAGAGCGCCAUGCAGAUGCAGCCUCAGGGUGACGCGGGUACAGCGGAUGCGGCGGCGCUACGGCCCGACGCCAUUGAUGCGCUCGGACAAAGUCGACCGAGGAGCAAGUUCCAGUCCACCUGGUCGAGAGUCGAGACUCAAGAGCGAGUAGCUGAGACCCACCCGUGGAUUCUUUCACACAUGGACGCAAAGGUAGAGGCGGCCGGCGACGACGCGGUCCCGGAGGCGCCGGAGCAGUCCAUCGUCCUCAUCUCCGCCGGCGCCAACCACUCCGUCGCACUGCUCUAUGGUGUGCUCCUGGGGCCGGGGCGAGGACGGGCAGCUCGGCCACGGAGACUCCGAGGACCGGCCGUGCCGACGGUGCUGACCUCCUUCGACGUGCCACGCAUUACGUCCGUCGUCUGCGGCGCCGACCACACCGCCGCCUACUCCGACGACGAGAUGCAGCUCUACAGUUGGGGAUGGGUGAGUACGCCGCACGCCGCACGCCGCCUCCUGUUCCUGGAUAUCUUCUACAGUAGUUUCGUACUACGUGACGAGGCUGUGUUGGGUGUGCUGUGCAGGGGAGACUUCGGGAGGCUGGGACAUGGCAACUCGAGCGAUGUGUUCAACCCGCAGCCGGUAGUGGCCCUGCAGGGGAUGAAGAUCAAGCAGAUCGCAUGCGGUGACAGCCACUGCCUCGCCGUCACCGUCACCGGACAAGUGCAUAGCUGGGGGCGCAAUCAGAACGGGCAACUUGGUCUCGGAAACAAUGAAGACUCGCUGCUCCCGCAAAAGAUCAAGGCUUUUGAGGGUGUCUGCGUAAAAAUGAUCGCUGCUGGCGCCGAGCAUACUACGGCCAUAACAGAAGAUGGCCAUCUCUACGGAUGGGGCUGGGGUCGAUAUGGCAACCUAGGUCUCAGCGACCGCGACGACCGAUCAGUCCCGGAAAAGGUUUCUUCCGUUGAGGGAGAAAAGAUGGCGCUUGUUGCAUGUGGGUGGCGCCACUCGGUCACUGUGUCGUCGUCUGGUGGUCUGUACACCUACGGGUGGAGCAAGUAUGGCCAGCUAGGCCAUGGUGAUUUCGAGGACCAUCUGGUUCCACGCAAGCUCGAGGCCCUCAAAGACGUUUCCAUUUCUCAGAUUGCAGGUGGGUGGAGGCAUACAAUGGCAGUCGCUUCAGAUGGGAAACUCUACGGAUGGGGGUGGAACAAGUUUGGCCAAGUUGGUGUCGGCGAUAACAUAGAUCACUGUUCCCCCGUGGAGGUGAAUUUCCCCGACGAACAGAAAAUUGCACAGGUUGCCUGUGGAUGGAGGCAUACUCUUGCCCUGACAGAAAACAAGAAUGUUUUCUCAUGGGGUAGGGUUGCCAGUGGACAGCUUGGUCAUGGUGAAAUAAUCGACAGGAACACACCCAAGAUGAUCGAUGCCCUGAGCCUGGACGGGUCUGCUUGCAAGCAGCUGGAGUCAUCAAACGCUGUUCCAAUGAUAGCUAAAGUCUGGGUCCCUCCUUCGAAGCGAUUCGCCAUCGUCCCCGAGGAGAAUGUUAGUAAACCAGGCAAUGGAACCGACAAGCACGCGCCUGAAGGCGAUGCCAAGAGGAUGCGCGUCUGAGCAUAUGUCCUCAUUCCACCCUCCUUGGUCACCUAUCAGUAAUUCAGUAUACAAAUAAGCUUAUUAGCUUGGACAAUUUUCUCCUUCACCAUCUAAUAGUAUACAACUACAUGGUGCCCA